AUGGCUACCCCCAGUGUCCUUACCUUUGAUGCUGAGGGUCGUGCUGUUGACUUCGAGGUCUGGGUCGAUGACCUACAGCUCUUCCUACAGUGCGAUAGGGCAGACGGACUCUCCCUGUUCGAUCUCACCUCUGGUGCCUCUCCUGCCCCGCCUGCUGGUGCUGACAGCACUGUUCGCUCACAGUGGGUCACACGCGAUGCUGCUGCCCGUCUUGCUGUGCGUCGCCACAUACCGACCCCUGAGCGUGCGCACUUUAGUCAGUACAAGAGUGCUGAGACCUUGUACGACGCUGUAGUUGCACGCUACUCUUCCCCUGCCACUACUGCUCUUAGCCGCCUCAUACUGCCGUACCUGUUCCCUGACCUUGCUGCCUUUCAGACCGUCGCUGACCUCAUUACGCACCUUCAUACUAGUGACACUCGCUACCGCGCUGCGCUUCCUGCUGAGUUCUGUGCCAAGAACCCUCCCCCCAUGUACAUCACCCUCUACUACAUAGUCACCCGGCUCCCUGACUCCCUUCGUUUAGUCAGGGACCACUUCCUCUCAGUUUGCCCCACCACACUCACCGUUAACCUCCUCGAGGAGCGCCUCCUGGCAGCAGAGAAGAGUAUAGUCGCUAUAGGAGCCUCUAGAGGUGACCCACGUGCCCCUCUCUUUGAGGGGUGGUCCCCAUCUCCCCUUUUGCCCUCUGUUGCCUCUACUGCUGCCGUCGCCUUCGUUGGCACCGAGUCGGUCGGCGCUGCGUCUGCCCCUAGCGGGCGACGCCGCACCGGCAAGGGCAAGGGGGGCAAGGGCGCUGGAGGGGCUGGCGGGGGCGGUGGAGCGAGGUGGGGGUACUGGUCCCUGUACCUACGUCCUCCGUACCGGAGACCGCGAUGGGCGGGGGUUGCUAUCUUUGAUCUUGAAUAUGAUGCUAUUCUUGCUACCAUGUAUGCUGUGGCUACUAGUGAUGAGGGUGACUGUUACUUGUGUCUUACGCCUGACUCGGGCAUUGAGGCUGCUGCUCUAGGUGCUGGUGAGGCUGCUGCUCUAGGUUCUAGUGCGUCUGCUGCCCCAGGUGUUGGUGAGUUUGCUCUCUCAGGUACCACGUAG